UUUGACCCACACAAAGUACUUCCGGGGCUUCUGACGUCUCUGGAAAUGCUGUUGUAAUUGUUGGUGGUCACUGUUUUAGGCGGUAUAUCUCAACCCAGUUUUGUUCGUUCUAAUUUCGUACAUAAUUUGGGGUUCAGCGGGUACGCUGUAACCGAAAAAGACCAACAUGGAUAUCCCCACUCCACCUGAAGAUCAAGAACUGAGAAAUGUAAUUGACAAGCUGGCCCAGUUUGUGGCAAGGAACGGCCCGGAGUUUGAGAAGAUGACCAUGGAGAAACAGAAAGAUAACCCCAAGUUCUCCUUCCUGUUUGGGGGAGACUUCUUUGGCUAUUACAGGUGCAAGCUGGCAAUGGAACAAGGACAGCAUCCCUCUACCCUCGAUUGUGAAGAUUAUAAAGUGGAAGAUAUGUAUCAACCUCCUGGGAAGGAGGUCCUAGACGUCCCUCCACCAAUGGCCAUCCUGCCCCCGCCUCCCAUUCCACCUCCAGCCACGCCCUCUAUCGAUGACCUCAUCCAGCAGAGCCAGUGGAACCUCCAGCAGCAGGAACAACACUUGCUGACCCUUAGACAGGAGCAGGUGACGGCGGCCAUCGCCCUGGCCGUGGAGCAGCAGACCCAGAAGCUGCUGGUGGAGACGCAGCAGGACGUGACGGAGUUCGACAACCUGCUGCAGCUCAUCGACACCUGCACCAAGGACGCCAUCUCGGCCGGCAAGAACUGGAUGUUCACCAACGCCAAGUCCCCCCCGCACUGCGAGCUCAUGUGCUCUCACCUCCGCAACCGCAUCACCGCCGACUCCGCCCACUUCGAGCUGCGCCUGCACCUGAUCUACCUGACCAACGACGUCCUCCAUCACUGCCAGAGGAAGCACCAGAGAGACCUGCUGGCGGCGCUGCAGAAGGUGGUGGUGCCCAUCUACUGCACCAGCUUCCUGGCCGUGGAGGAAGACAAGCAGCAGAAGAUCACCAGGCUGCUGCAGCUGUGGGAGAAGAACGGCUACUUUGACGAGGUCACCAUCCAGCAGCUGAAGAGCCCCGCCCUGGGGCUGGGCCAGUACCAGGCCUCCCUGAUCACGGAGUACGCGGCGGUGGUCCAGCCCGUGCAGAUGGCCUUCCAGCAGCAGAUCCAGACCCUGAAGACCCAGCACGAGGAGUUUGUCUCCAACCUGAAGCAGCAGAGCAACAGCGGCGGCCCUCAGCUGGCCCCGCAGGACCCGGACGCCAAGACCGCCCCCCCCAUGGCCACGCAGCCUGGUGAAGGGAAGGCCCCCAUGUCGGGGCCCCCUCCGGGCGACUACGACGGGGCCCCCUCCAGACCCUCGGACCCCAACGCCAGCGGCCCCCCUGAGCACCCCUCCUCCAAAUCUGGCUGGUUUGACAACCAGCACAUGUCUGGCUGGAACCCGAACCAGCCGCCCCCCUUCGACCCCUCGCAGGCCCCCCCCCCCUGCCCCCCCUGGAACAGCCAUGAGGGCAUGUGGAACGAGCAGAGGGACUCCAGCUGGAGCGGGGGCCCACCCAGGGAGGGGGGCCCGUGGAGCGGACCGGGCCAGUCGGACGCGCCCCCGGCCUGGAACAACCAGUACGACCAGCCGCCCUGGAACAACCAGGGGCCCGACCAGCCCCCCUGGGGCCAGCGGGAGCCCCCGUUCCCCCCUCGCAUGCAGCGGCCCCCCCACUUCCGGGGGCCCUUCCCCCCACCGCACCAGCAGCCCCCGCCCUUCAACCAGCCGCCCCCCCCGCCGCACAACUUUGGGCGCUUCCCCCCCAGGUUCAUGCAGGACGACUUCCCCCCCAGGCACCACUUUGAGCGGCCGCCCUACCCCCCCCACCGCUUCGACUACCCCCAGGGAGAAUUCCAAGGAGACAUGGGCCCUCCCCCCCACCACCACCCCAGCCAGAGGCUGCCUCCUCCGGGCAUGGGGGCGGAGCACCCGCCGUGGGGGGGGAACCAGCACCAGGACUUCGGCCCGCCGCCUCACGGCUUCAACGGCCAGUCGCCCCACAUGAGGCGCCAGCCGCCGGCCCACGUGGCCCAGGACGACCCCAGCCUGGUGCCCAACGUGCCCUACUUCGACCUGCCCGCCGGCCUGAUGGCCCCCCUCGUCAAGUUGGAGGACCAUGACUACAAAGCUCUGGACCCCAAGGACAUCCGCCUGCCCCCCCCCAUGCCCCCCAGCGACCGCCUGCUGGCGGCGGUGGAGGCCUUCUACAGCCCCCCCUCCCACGACAGGCCCCGGAACAGCGAGGGCUGGGAGCAGAAUGGCCUGUACGAGUUCUUCAGAGCCAAGAUGAGAGCCAGGAGGAAAAAGGGACAGGAGAAACGCAACAGUACUCGUGGAGGCAGCAGGUCCAGGAGUCGCUCUCGGAGUCGGGGCAGGUCGUCCUCUCGCUCCUCCUCCAGGUCGUCCAAGUCCUCCCGCUCCUCCUCCAGGUCCCGCUCCUACUCCCGCUCCAGGAGCAGGUCCAGGUCUCGCUCGCGCUCCCGUUCCCGCUCGCGCUCCCCCGACAAGCGACGACACGCCUCCUCCUCCUCCACCGCUGUCGCCGCAGCCGCCUCCACUGCCUCCACUGCCUCCACCAAGACCCAGAGUGCUGCCUCCCCUCCCAGCACCUCAGGCCUGGGCUCGGCCCCCCCCUCCAACCUGCCUCCUGAACUCCGCCUGGGGGAGGAGAACAGGGGACACCAGCUGCUGAUGAAGAUGGGUUGGAGUGGCUCGGGGGGACUGGGGGUCAAGGAGCAGGGCAUCCAGGACCCCAUCAAGGGGGGCGACAUCCGGGACAAGUGGGACCAGUACAAGGGGGUGGGCGUGUCCCUGGACGACCCGUACGAGAACUACCGCAGGAACAAGAGCUACAACUUUGUGGCGCGCAUGAAGGCCCGGGAGGAAGGUAUGGCGGAGGGUCCGAUCAAUCGGGAAGCGCCGGAGGCCCCGCCCGCAGAGUGACGAGGAGCGUGAAGGGAUCUCUCCCCCCCCCCCCUCUCCACACAGUCGGAUUUGUAAACACAACAACUGUCCCGUUAGCAACUCCCCUACGAUCCAGGAAGUGGUUCUCUUUAAGCCUACGGGGGGGGGGGAGCCUACGGGGUUUUGAAUGUCGCCGUUUGUGUGUGUUUUAGUGUCAUUUGUUUUUGUUUUUCUGGUCAUCGGACAGUAUGUGAAAGAGCUGGAUCUAAUGACCGUGUUGUGCUCUCCUUUGUAUAAUAAUAAAACGGAAAACUCACGUUUGUCACAAGCCCUCAUUAUGGCAUAUAUGAAAGUUUCCUUUCACCUAACACCUUGUAGAGAAAUAAAUCACUUUCUUUUUA